AAGCGAUAUAUUUGGUCUUUCAUCCCCAAUCAGAGAGAAAAGUUAGGGUUCACAACUUUUCCUUUUCCUUUUGCUUGCGAAUCUGAAUCAAAUAAUCAAUCAUCCAUUCAUUAUUCAUCAUGUCGUCGGCGAAGAAAAUCACGCUGAAGAGUUCGGACGGCGAGGCUUUCGAGGUGGAGGAGGCGGUGGCGCUGGAGUCGCAGACGAUAAAGCACAUGAUCGAGGACGACUGCGCCGACAGCGGCAUCCCUCUGCCGAACGUGACGAGCAAGAUCCUGGCGAAGGUUAUCGAGUACUGCAAGAAGCACGUCGAGGCCGCGAAUCCCGAAGACAAACCCUCCGAGGACGAUCUCAAGGCCUGGGACGCUGAAUUCGUCAAGGUCGACCAGGCCACGCUCUUCGAUCUCAUCCUGGCUGCUAACUACUUGAACAUCAAGAGCCUGCUGGACCUUACAUGUCAAACUGUAGCCGACAUGAUCAAGGGGAAGACUCCAGAGGAAAUUCGCAAGACCUUUAACAUUAAGAAUGACUUCACCCCUGAGGAGGAAGAGGAAGUUCGUCGGGAAAACCAAUGGGCAUUUGAAUGAUUUUGUUAAUCUCAAAAAAUCUGAAUCAAAGAUCUGCCAUGUGGAUUUAUGCUAUGCUUGUUUGUUUAUCAAAGAUCUCUCUUGUAGAUUUGCCUAUGCUAUAUACUUGUUUGUUUUAUAUUCAAGACUAUUUCCGUUGACUGUGUUCACUACAACUAGUCAUAAGAAUUAUCUUCCUUCAUGAACUUAAGAGCACUUUGAAUUGUAAGUAAUAGUUAUGAUGAGGGAUGCGUUGAUUCUGACACGAGGGUUAUUGAGUUCAAUAACAGCCAACCCUUGGCUCCAUAUUUUUCAUCCCGUGAACUACGUGAUAAUGUGUAUAUGCACCUUUGUAAAGGGGAGGUGCAGAAACAAGAUUCGGAGACCAUUUGAUCAUGUUUGCCAAGGUGGUAGGUAGCUCCAUGUUUCAUGGUCGAUUCA